AUGGCAGAAGAUUUGACGGAAUUUUCCGAUUUCGGUUUAGAUCAUCGCCUAUCCAAGGCAAUUGAAAAAUGCGGUUGGAAGAGACCCACACCAAUUCAAGCAGCAGCUAUUCCUAUCGCUUUGCAAGGCAAAGAUAUCUUAGCAAGAGCAAGAACAGGCUCCGGCAAAACUGCAGCUUAUGCCAUCCCUGCGAUACAGAAACUUCUGACUCUGCUUGAUCGGGGUGAAAAUGAGAUUGCAAAUGCGGCAAAAAUCCUCAUCUUAGUCCCAACCAAAGAAUUAAGCCGACAAGCGUGCAACAAUAUUAAAGAUUUGACAACUUGUUGUUCUCAUCAAAUUCAAGCUAUUAAUGUAUCCAGUCAAGAUUCAUCUCCAAACUUAAGAACCCAAUUACUAUCUUACCCUCAUAUUGUUAUUGGCACUCCAACUCGUAUUCUCACUUGCGUCAAAUCAAAGGAUGUCAAGUCGCUGCGAAAAUUAGUUUUACACAACCCAGUUGUACUAAAACUGCAGGAAUCCCAAUUGCCCGAGCAGGAUAGAUUAGAUCAAUAUUUUAUCAAAUGCAACGAAGAAGAUAAAUUCUUACUCAUUUAUGCUAUGUUCAAAUUAGGAUUAAAAUUAUACCUGGAACAAUUCUCCAUUAAAUGCUGCGUUCUAAACUCAGAAUUGCCUCAAAAUUCUAGAUCGCAUAUUAUAGACGAAUUUAAUAGAGGUAUUUACGAUAUCAUUAUUGCAUCUGAUGAAACAGUCUUGAAUACAUCCGUCAGAACCAACCCUGCCAAUAAAAUUAGUAAUAAAGGCAAAAGGACUGCUCGUGGUGACGAUGUAGGCUCUGCGCUAUCACUUGUAACUUCUGAUGAUGAAGCGUUGUUGAAAAGUGUACAAGAUAAACUUUCAGAAGAUUAUGGUAAUGACGAUGCAGCUGUAGUGAAACCAUAUACUUUCAAGAUGAAUGAAAUUGAAAGCUUCAGAUAUAGAGCGCAGGAUGCUUUACGUGCUGUAACCAAAAAUGCUGUUCGAGAUGCCAGACUCCGAGAGAUUAAAAAGGAGAUGUUGAAUUCCGAAAAGUUAAAGACAUAUUUCGGUCAUAAUCCUAAGGAUAUGCAAGCACUUCGGCAUGAUUUAGUUUUGCAUCCAGCUAAAGUUAGGCCACAUUUAAAAAAUGUCCCAGACUAUUUAGGCAAGCAGAAUAAGAAUUUUAAUAUCAUUUUUCCAUCUUUUCAUGCCUGCACAUACUAA